AUGAGCUUGGAGUCCUUGUUCGAGCACAUUCUAUCGAGCGAGCAUCAGGCCGAACAGAGCCGACGCGCCCUGCGGGAAGUGAGGGCGGACAUAACCAGAUGUCGUGAAAGAAUGAAGCAGGCAGCGGAGGAGUUGAGCGAAGGGAAAAUGAAGUUGGAAUCUAAGGUUCAGCAGUUUUCUGAAAAAUCUUUGCUCUUGCAGCUUUUAAAAGCUCAUGAAAAUGCUUUAGAACGGCAGUGCAGUGAAAUUACAGACCAAAGAAAUAUGCUUCUUCAAACCUUUGAAACUACAAAAAAGAAAGCAACGCAUGAAGAGGAAAAGUUCCUUAAGGAAAUCACAGAUUUUAACAAUGAAUAUGACAUUACCAGGAAAAGAGAGUUUCUGAUGAAAGAGAAUGUCAGAAUUGAAAUAUCUGUCUUGGAAAACCAGGCAGACACUUUGAAAAGGGAAAUGAAAUCAAUGGAACAUGACAGUGACCAGUUAAAUGAACUUCAGAAACAAAAGAGUGAAUUGAUUGAAGAAUUAUUUAUGCUUCAGAGAAAACUUAAAGCUUUUGAAGAUGAAGAGAAUGAAGCCAUUCACACUACUAAAUACCUAGAGGAAGAAAAGAUAAAAAUCAAUGAAAAGCCUCAAAAUGAUGCUGAAUGUCUAAGACUUAAAAAAGAACUAGAACUUUAUAAGGAAGAUGACUUGGAAAGUGUUUACGAAGCUCUCCAAAGAGAAAUAGAAUUUUUGGAGUUGACAUUGGCACAGAAAGGUCUUCAGGAGGAUGAGUAA